AUGUUAUUACAUCUGGUGUCCUCCUUACCUCCGGACGUCGUCGAGGACUUAGCGGAUGUUGUCACCUCGCCGGACCCGACCCAUCCCUUCGACAUGUUAACGGCGGCGCUGAUAUCCUGCAAGUCAGAGUCCGAGCACAGCAGACUCCAGCUGCUCCUCACAGCUAAGGAGCUCGGUGACAAUCGCCCUUCACAGCUCCUUCGACACAUGCCGCAGAACAUGGUCCCAGUUCUCGCUGCAGCAAGUGAUGUGCCAUUAGACAAGCUCGCUGAAAUGGCUGACCAAGUUGCGGACUACUCGCGGGCCCCUAGCCUCAGGGCGUUACGACUCAGCCUCCGGCUACUGCCUCAGCCUCUACGCUCGCGAACAUGGAUAGCCGUCUGGACGCCCUUGUCAGACGUCUCUAUGACCUCGUGUCCUUCUAACGCCCGUCUUCCUCCAGGUUCCGGUCCCGCAGUCACUACCCGGCGCCUCCCCGUUCUCUCGAGUUUCAACUAUCCGAUGCACUCGCGACGCGACAGCUCGUCUUCGGCUGUGUGCUGGUACCACCGUGUAUUCGGCACCUCUGCUCACAGGUGA